GGCGCGGCCUGCAGUGUACACCGCCUGUCACAGACACGCGUCUCUCGCUCGCUCGACUUGACGACCACCCGCAUCCUAGACGGCGUCGCUCAUCUCGUCACACAGAACCUCCGGCACCAUCUUAGCCUUUUCGUCUUUUUAAUCGAACGGAUAUAGCCGCGUUCUUUUUUUUUCCUGACACCGUUACGUUUAUUACGUACGACAAUGACAGAGUGCGCUGGACGCGGACGCUGGCUGACGGCCGUCGCUUGGCUGCUGACAGCGGCGACCGGCGUCGCCGGCUUCAACGUGGAUACGGAGCACAUGGUGCGCUUCCGAGGUACCAGGGGCUCCAUGUUCGGCUUCAGCGUCGCCGAGCACCGAGACCGCCAGGGAAACUGGGUGCUGGUCGGCGCGCCCAAGGCGGACACGUCGCAGUUCCAGCUCGGUGUGACGGAGGGCGGCGCCGUCUUCCGCUGCGACGUUCGCUCCGACGGCUACUGCCAGCCACUGCCCUUCGACAGGCACGGUAACAACAAGAACUCAUCGGGAAUGGACAUCGACAGGAAGUCACACCAGUGGUUCGGCGCCACCGUACACAGCUCUGGCGACGGUGCAAUCGUGGCGUGCGCGCCGCGGUACGUGUUCUUCCCGCCGACGGCGCCAGAGCCCUUCGAGGACCCUGUGGGCACGUGCUACGUGGCCAGGGACGAGUUCCGGCGCAUCACCGAGUACGCGCCCUGCCGCACCAGUGAAUGGGGUUACCAUCGACAAGGGUACUGUCAGGCUGGCUUCAGUGCAUGUUUGUCAAAGGAUGGAGAUCGUGUGUUCAUAGGAGCACCAGGCAGUUGGUAUUGGCAAGGAAGGCUGUACUCCGUUAAUGCAUAUGCAUCUUUAAAAUGGUCUCAUACAGUCUACAACUUCUCAUAUCCUCCAGGGCAGGUUUACUCACAGAGUCUAUAUAAUCGACCUGAUGUUAUUAGUACCCCUGAAGGUCCAAAACAGUCAGAUGAUUCUUACCUUGGAUAUUCGGUGGCUACUGGUGAUUUCACCGGGGAUGGAACCAGUGGUGCUGCUGUUGGUAUGCCACGAGGGAACAGACUAGUUGGAAAGGUCAUCUUGUAUUCAUCAUUCCUGCAAAAAGUUGGGGAGUUCACUGGUGAACAGAUGGGUGCAUACUUUGGGUAUGCACUUUGUGUAUCAGAUAUGGAUGGUGACAAAACUGAUGAUCUCGUUGUUGGUGCACCCCUCUACACCCACCUUCAAAAUAAUGAAGGAAAAUAUGAAACUGGCCGUAUCUACGUAAUCUACCAAAAAAAGGGAACGAACAGGUUUGCCACUCAUCAUUGGCGUGAUGGUGUAAAUUCUAAAUCACGAUUUGGCCUUUCCUUAGCAUCAGUUGGAGAUCUUAAUAAAGAUGGAUAUGGAGACAUCGCUGUUGGAGCUCCUUAUGAUGGCCUGAAAGGUGGUGGUGCUGUGUACAUAUACCAUGGAUCAGCUACUGGCAUUAUGAAAGAAGCAUCACAAGUUAUAUUUGGAGAAAGUAUCUAUAGUCAGAUAACAACAUUUGGAUUUUCACUUUCUGGCGGAAUUGACCUGGAUGGCAAUCAGUAUCCUGACAUAGUGGUUGGUGCAUAUGAUGCUGAUACAGCUAUUUUCUUCAAAUCAAGGCCAGUAAUACUCAUGGAUGCUGAAGUUACAAUUGGUCCAGAAUCAAAACUCAUAAGCCUUGAUGAGAAAAACUGUACUCUUCGAGAUGGUACACUAACCACAUGUACCACAGUCACAGCCUGUUUCGAGUACAGUGGAAUUGGUGUCAAUCCAGAACAUGAAUUUGAAAUUCAGCUUAUACUGGAUGCAAAGAAAAUGAAAAGUCCUCGAUUAUUUUUUCAUCGGAAUGAAGGAAAACAUAUGAAGAACUUCACUGCAACUCUGAACAAUAAUUCCAAAUAUUGUAAAAGUCAUGUAGUUUAUAUCAAGCCUGGUAUAAGAGACAAACUUUCACCAUUGGAAGUGGAAGUAAAAUAUAAUACAAAGUAUAGUAAACAAAGAGUCCAGCGUUCUUUGACACCAGUUCUUGACCAGCAUAAACCACUCUCAGAGCAUGAUUUUGUCAGUAUCCAAAAGAAUUGUGGCCCUGAUAAUAUUUGCAUACCAAAUCUCAUUCUUGAUGGUUUUUCAACUGUUACCAAAUACCUUCUUGGGUCAAAUGAAAGGUUAGAGUUGGAAGUCAAGAUUCUCAAUACUGGAGAAGAUGCAUUUGAAGCCACUUAUAACUUGAAGAUUCCACCUGGACUUAAUUACAGUAAAAUAGAGCGCAUUGAUAAAAAUGAGCGUGAAAUUCCAGUCCUGUGUUCUGCUCCAUCUUUACAAAACAAUUACACUCUAAAAUGUGAUAUUGGCAACCCUUUACACAGCAACAAGCCGCUACAUUUCAAAGUGCAUCUACAACCAUUCUAUAAGGAGGACCUGAAGUCACAAUAUGAAUUUGUAAUGGAGGUGAACAGUACAAAUCCAGAAGAGUCGAGUUCUACACUUGAUAAUGUGAUACGUUUUGAAGUUCCCAUAUCUAUAAGGACUGGAGUCUCUAUUAUAGGGGUGUCUAGUCCACAAGAGUUGUAUUACAAUACUACAGGAUACAAUGUUGUUAAUGUAACACGAGAAUCAGAAAUUGGACCUCAGCUAACACACACUUAUACUGUAAUCAACAAUGGACCAGCUGACAUUGUAGAGGCCGACCUGUACAUUCUGUGGCCCAUGUACACACUGGCAGGUGACCCUUUUUUCUACAUCCUGGAACAGCCUGAAGUUACAGGCCCUGUCGUCUGUGAGAAGUUGGAGGAGGUAAAUUCACUGCAGCUAAAGAUUGAGCAGAAGAAAAAAGGUAUAGCAGCAGCUUCUCAUCAUUCACAAUAUGGAAUGGUGGAAGUGGAAGGCAGCUCAGCUUCAGGAAAAAAGAGCACAGAGAAAUAUCACAAAACAUCGAGCACCAGUACUCAUUAUGAGACUUUCAGUAAUGGUUCACAUCAAAGCAGAACUCAGAUACAAGGAAGUAGUGGAAGCUUAGAAGAGAAGCAUAUACAGAAGACUGGUGAUAUUUUAGAACCCAGAAAAAGUGAUUUCGUGGGCAGUGAGAAACAUAAUCAACACACAAGUGAUAGUAAAAAUGUUAGUACUGGUGAAUCUGGAGCUGUUUAUUCGAAGAGUUGGGGUGGUCUUGUACCACACAGUGAAACACUGCAGGAAGGUAGUGCUGGUCGCCAUGAAAGUUACAAUAUAACAUCUCAUUAUGGACUGGGUGACAAAAUAGGGAAACAUAAAAAGAAGAUACAUACUUCUCACAACUACUCAGUCACUUGGAGAGAGAAUGAAAAACCAGUACAUCACUAUAAAAAUUAUAGUUUCACUACUUCUGAUGAUACUGGGUCCUCCUCUGCACAGUGGUCAAGUGAUGAUCAUGAUGAUGGCGAUGAUACUUACGAUUUUUCGGAUGGAGCAAAUAACUCUUCUAGCACCUUUCACAAAUUCACGUCAUCCUCUUCAUAUCAUUCCCUUAACAAUGGAUCUGCUCUUGCGAGUGACAGUCAUAUUGAUGAAGGAGCACAUGAAUCUGAGAGUGGAAUCCGGUUUAUCCCUGCAUGGCAACUUGCAGGAGGAAAGCCCACUCCAUCACCUGAUAAUUUUGAGGGAACUUUGCUUCAUGGUUCCACAGCCUCUGAUGGUCAGCUGAGGCACUAUUGGGUUAACAGCGGCUCAAACACAGUUCUUCAGCAGGGAAAACGUGCCAAUUUGAAUAAUUUAAGUGGCUCACAACGUGAGGUACAAGGAGGCAGCUCAUAUUAUUAUCCAUCUCCAGAAGUGAGUGGAGGUAUGACUCAAAGCAGUAUAGAAUACAGUGCAACUAGCAAUGAAGAUAAUGGGAGUGGUGUGAAACAGUAUAUUUCUCGCCAGUGGAGUAGUAAGCAUCCAGGAGCUACCAUUCACUGGGAAGAACAACACAAGAGUACAGCUGAUGGAGAGCAAGAUUAUGAUGAAGAAAAAGCUGAAGAAGAAGAAGAAGAUGAUGAUGAUGAUGAGGAUGAUUAUUAUGAUGAUGGAUCUGAAUAUACAGAAACAUACAGCUCUCAGAAGAAAACCAUCACUGCACAUCGAACUCCUUAUCAGCAAGAUAGAGCAGUGCCUUAUGGUAGGCAUAAAAGGGACCUGCAAGCAGAUACUGACUUUGAUCAGCUGCUUCAGUGUAAUUCCACAAACUGUGUACGACUAAAGUGUGUAAUCAAGAAAUUUACCAAAGAUCAGGAAGUGAACAUACAGAUACGCUCUCGAGCAUGGGUACAAACUCUUAAGAAGGUGGCUUCAAACAAACGACUUCGUGUAUCUUCACUGUUAGCAAUGCAAGUUACUCAACUGCCCUACAUUGGCAAGCCAUAUCGUCCUAUCAUUCGAAGUGAAGAAGUAUUUACUGAUGCUAUAUCAACAGAUGUACCCACGAAGCCAGAGAUUGUGCCUUUGUGGGUUGUAGUUUUGUCUGCAUGUGCCGGUGUUCUUAUAUUGCUGCUGUUAAUACUGUUGCUUUGGAAGUGUGGCUUCUUCAAGAGGAACAGACCAACUGACACACCAGAGAAAGAACCAUUGAAUCGUAAUGGUCAUUACUCUAAUGGUGAUGAAGCGCUGUGAAGGAUAGAAACAGAAGACAAGUAACCUGUUUCCUGUACCAGUUGUGGCUCUGGAAAUGUAGAACAUUUCUUGAGAAGACUGAUAAAUGUUCUGAAUUGGAACUGAAGCUCCACGCCAAUUCCAGUAUUUAAGUUAUUGAGGCAACUAAACUAAUCAGUUUUGAUUAUGUUUAAUGUAAAUAUUAAGUCAAAAGGAAGGAUAAUUAUUUUCAUAUUCUUCUAUGCCAGGUUGUAAUGCAUGCAGUCCCUAAUGCAUGUACAGAAUUUGGAGUUCAGUCCCUAGUGGAACUAUUAUUUUGUUGAUCGUCAAGCAGAUACUCGAAUAAUUAACAGUAACUUCCAACCUAAAAAGGCAUAAAAGAAUAUGGAUGUUGACACACAUAUGACAGUAUAGAUGAAAGAAUUACCUAUGGUUGUGUCAUAUACUUGAGAGUCUAAUAUGGCAGCUUUAGUAUAGCAGUGAGACUGGUAUGAGUUGUUUCUGUGUGUUUCUGUUUAACUGUAGCUAAAGAAGGGGUGACUGCAAAAAUCCUUCAUAAAGGAUACAAAAUGCCAAUAGUUAUUCUUGUGCAUUACUAUACCAUACAGAUGGUUGGUUGACUGAUUUAUUUGUUUGUUUGUUUAGUUUGCUUAGCAGUCCAGUUUUAGUGCCCAAGUUUUUUGUUUUUAUUGGUUUCACUUCUAUCACACAUUCUCUGUCCAAGCGACACAGAACAAAUAAGUCAUUCAACUGGUCAAUACACUGUUGCAUGAAUAGCAAAGAUUAAAAAACUUUUCUUGUUAUAAAAAUGUUCCUGUACACCUAUAAAAUGAUCUGUAUAACAAAGGUCUGUUAUUUCAUAUUAUUUGUGUAA